UUUGACAGUUUAAACGUCAAAAUCGUUGAAAAUUGUUAUCAAGGGCUCGAUAAUUUUCAUUAGGUAAAAAAAUAUUCUCUAAUGAACAUUCCUAAUAUCUUUGACCGUACUUCAAGCUCAGUAUUUAAGGCAAAUUCUCAGUGAGUAGAAAAAUAAAUCUAUUGGUAUUACAAUUAAUUAUGGUUAAAUAAGGAUUCGUUUGAAAUCAGAUCAUCAUCAAGACUAGUUUAGAUCUUCUUCAUUUUAUUCAAGCUGUUAAAGUCGGUUAUUCUCUCAUCAAGAUGUCGACUGCUAUGACUUUUGGGCAGAAGCAAUUCAUACCAACCCCACCAGAAAAAGGAAGUUUCCCACUUGAUCAUGAAGGAGUAUGUAAGAAGAGCAUGAUGCGGUAUCUUAAUUGUUUAUACGAUAAUAAUAGUAACAAUUCCUUAUGUCGUUCAGAGGCUAAAGAAUAUUUGGCAUGCAGAAUGGAAAAUAACUUAAUGGCAAAAGAAAAAUGGUCAAAGUUAGGAUUUCCUGAAAGCAAUGACCAAAUAGAAGAAGAGAAGAAAUAGAAGUUGUUAUGUGGCUAUAGUAGUAAAGGGACUUGAGAAGUGUUGUGAUUGUUAUUUAAUAAUGAUUUAAAUAUAAUUAUAUAAUAUAGGUAGUGAAUUAAUAAAUUUUUUACAGCA